AUGUCCAACUGUACUUGCCAGUCAAGAGAAAUUGAAUGGAAGAAGAAAAAAAUUGAACGUGACUAUACAGUAGAUUUUUGCCAUAAGCCACUUACACAAAAAGGUGCCACAAAACAAAAGGUUGCAUUGGAAAUAGAAUUUCUCAACUGGUUUUUUGUCAAUGCUUCUCCACAUAUCGAACUUUCACCAACCCCAAACAUUAAUGGUGGAAAUGAAAAACGUUUGCAUAUACGAAACAUUAACGCUCGAGGGGAUGCCAACGGCCAGUUCGGUUCAGUUUCGGUUUUAAAACUGCAGUUUUCAACCAAAACCGAACCGACCGCAAAACCGACCGAUAAAACUGAACUACAAAACCGAUUGCAAAAAUACUGCAAACCCGAAUAA